AUGUUAAAGCACAGAGGAUUGUUUACUUUCUGCAUGAAUAAUUUGAAAUUGAGAACGUAAUUGAUAAUAUUGGUUUCAUUAAUUAUCAUUGUGAUUGUCUCAUAUGUUCUUUCAGUAAAUCUAAUCCAUUACUCUUUGUUAAAAAAGUAUUUUUCCUUGAUUUCAAAUAAAAUAUUCGAAGAUAACUCAUCCAAAAUAUCAGAAAAAACAAUCAGAUCAUACGAAGGUUAUUUUGAUAGGGUCUUUUACUUAAGUAAAUGCAAAUUUCAUAUUGUUAGAUGGGAAUAGCCUCGUUUCCUUCCAUCGAUUAUAUCAUUUGACUAAAAAUCAAGUAAAGAGACACUCUUUAGAAUUAAAUCCUGAGUAUCAAAUGCUCUAUGGUGGAGUGAACUAAAUCCCAGAUCCAAUAAGGAUUAUAAAAGGAUAUGGUAACUCCGACAUCUCCUAUUCGUGCAUGUGCUACUCUAACAUCACUGCAUUUCAAAAUCCGUUGAGUUUGGAUGAGAUAAUCGGCAUGAAGAUUUAGGAGUAGACACAAGCAUAUGCAUCAAUCCUCUAUCAGGGGAAUAUCUUAAGUCAGUCGUUCUUAUACUCAUACAUAAUAAAGGAAAAAACAAAUGCAGUUUAUCCAUGUCUAAAUAGGGGACAGGGAAUCUAUAAUUAUGACCCUGAAAAGAGAGAAUGGUUCAUUGAGGUUAGACAUAACUUUAAUAAAAAAUAACCAUACAAUGAAUAUUCAUAGUCAUUCACUUAACCUUAUUUGUGUAAUAUCGAAAUAUAUUUAUUUUAGUAUUUACAGACAAAAAAAUUGGAUUAUCUUUGGUACUCCCAAUCGUGGAUGAAAAUCUAGAAUUGAUAGGAGGAGUAGGAACAAAUUUCUUGGGAGCAUAAAUAGUUUAAACAAUGAAGUCCUAAGAAUUUGGGUUUCAAAUUAUUUAUCUAGUAUCUGCUUCUGGAAUUAUGAUCAUGCAUCCCUAUUAAGUUAGUGUUGAAUAACUUCCUUUAUACAUUUAUAAUUAAUCCAUCACAGGAUUUAAUGUAAGUGAUUGGGAAAAAAUGAAUACAUAAUCGGAUAACAAUUCAUCCACUUGCCCAUAUCUAAACAAACAUUCACUAACUUUGAAUUGUCUCUAUAAUAGUCUGUAUUAACAAGAAAUGAUAAUAGCUAUCUAGGACAUUCCUGAAUAUUCAAUGAAGUUAAUUAUGUAAAAUAUCGUGCUAUCUCUAGGUUAUUGAGUAGUCAAGAGUACUAUUAGUUUUAUCAACAUUUCCAAGAAGAACUGGAAGCCAAUUUGGUUAAUCAACUUUGGCUUCAGAUUUCCAUUUUACUUGGCUUUUUUUUAUUUAUUUGCAGUCUCUUAUACAUAUUCACUUAUACUUUAUUUUAUCCAAUUCAGUAGAUCUAAGCCUUAACGAUAAAUAGGAUAUUUUCUAAAAAUAAAAAGAAAUUGUAGAUGCCGUUAUAUGCCAACAAAUUUAUGAGCAAACAAAUUGCUUUAUUGUGUAAAUCCUUUUAGUUUGUGUAAGACCAAUUAGAAUAGUUGUCAUUUAAUAAAACAAAAUCAUGCAGAGAUCUUGAACACUAUUAAUAUCCUCAAAAAAAGUUUUCUUUAAAAAAGUACAUCUAAAAAGAAGACACUCUAAGCAAAUAUGGAGGUUUUAAUAAAGAAUAAAACAAUGAUACUGUUGAAACAUUAACUUAAGAAAAAAUCAUUAUGUUUCUCAAAAUCUCCUCAAAGUAUUCAGGGUGA